UGUUCUAUAAAACCUGCAUUUAUAUUGAACAUCCUGUAUACAUUCAAAGAUUUAGUUACAAUUGAUUUACAAAAGCUGUACAUUACAAAAUAAAAGUAAACAGAUUGUAGGUUGUGUUUGUUGUCAAGGUGUGGAGGGAGAUGAUAGAAAGGAAAGGAUUUUCCUGAACAGGGAUUCUUUUUCAUUUAGUCAUGACGCUGUCAUGUAAGAGAGAUUUUUUUUUCUCCUUGAAGUGGGAGCGGUUGUGAGGAUUUCCCAGGAGGUAGUAUAAAACGCCUUGCUAACAUGAAUCUGAGCCAUAAUAUCCGUCAAGCAUUCAUACUGACAGCAUUGGACACAUGUACAGUAUCUGGGCAUUAUCUAGGAGUCAUGCUGGAAACUGCGCAGAGUGUGAGACCUCAGCAGCUGAUGACAAAAGAGAAUACUCAAAUGGAAUAUUACGAAGAUUUUCAAAGAUGUGAUAGUGUGGAACUCAACAGUGACAUAAGGUUACUCGUUGCUGAAAAUAAAGGGUAUCACAAUAGAAUGGAAACUACUUUGCAGAACAUCCCUUUCAGAGCAGAUGAACUUCACCCUGAACUGAAGGAUCCUGCUGCUCUUUUAAAGGAUUGUGAAGAGACAAGAUCCUCCUGCAGAAUGACAGAAACAUCGCUAUGUGACGCAGCUAAGGUCACGAAAUUAAAGGAAUGUCUGAUAGGAAAUUCACCAGAAGAGUUAAAGCAACAAUUGAGGAUUCUGCAGAAACAAAGACAAGAGCUCCUCGAUGUGAACAAGAAAUGGGAUGAGCAAUACAAACUCAUGAAACAACACUACAGCCUGAAGAUAAUGGAAAUGAAAGAGAGAUUGACUGUUUGUGAUAAAUUUAUCACUGAAGUCAACGCAGAACAGGAUAAAAAGCAGAAAGACUUUGAUAAGAAGCUGGUCCUGGCCAAAGAAAAAAUUGAAAAAGAACAGGAAAAAAACACUAAACUCAGUGCUGAACUAUGUGAAAUUAAACAGCAAAGCCUAAAUUUAAAGGAACAGAAUGCCACUCUGACUAAACGAAAGGAUCACCAGGAAUGUGAGAUUCAGAGACUUAACAAGAUCCUCUUGGAAGGUCUUGGAAAUCCAGCAAGAAACAUCUUUGGAGAGGAAACUGCAACACAAAUUGAAGUCCUAAGGCAUCAGGCUCAGAUUUAUGAGAAUGACUUCAAGGAGGAAAGACGUGACAGAGAAAGGCUAAAAGAGAGAAAUGAAGAACUGGAGAAGAGGUGUAAGAAACUGCAGUCUGAACUACAGAUACUUAAAUCACAGAGGAUGCUCGGCCAAACAGAGAAGAAGUCAACAGGGAAAAACACAGCCCAACAGGUGAAACAGUUUCCACUAUCAACAGCCAAACAAUGGUAUCCUCCACCCUACUGCUGUUCCCAUUGGGCUGCUUUUCCCCCACAUGGAACUGUCUGUGCAUUGCCUCACUGUUCAAAUCCCAGCAACCUAUGUCAUCUCCAAGAUAGGCAUGGGGACCGUCAGCAACACCCACCAAACUAUCAGUGGUAUGUUUCCGCUUCUGACCAGCUUCCUCCAGAUGUUCCCCAGCCACGCAACCUACCCAACAAGGAGGCCAAUGGUACAGAAAGGAAGUGAAAAAUAGCAACAAGCAUCUAUUUAAUAAUUUUGGGGGGCUGAAUGUAAUAUUUUUGUUGUUGAAUUUAAAUGAA